AUGAAGUUAAAUUUCUAUCUGGGAUUCCUUCAAUUUUGCUUUGUAUUAUCUCAAAAUACUUGGAGUACUAUUUACGCUCUAUUACCAGGUUUAAAUGGGACAGAUAGUAUUAUUUAGAUUUUCUAACUAGGUUGGUUUAUGAAUAAUUUACAUGGUGGCCCAAUAAGUAAUUGUAAUGGGUAAGAUUUAUUUGGAGGUCAUGGUGUAUUUGGUGCGACUACCUUUCUUUCUUUAAAUCUUCAACUUCCACCACAUUAUUCAGUAAGAAUUUCACUCACACUUUGGAAGUAUAACAUAAGUUGUAAUUAGAAUUGACAGUUGGGAUGCUGAGAUUUUCUAAUUAAUAUAUGAUGAUAAUGUAUAUAGUAUUCAAUUUUGGGGGGGGGUUAAGGAAAUAGUUUUUGUGGUAGUGGAGGGAAAAGUUACAAGGAACUCUCUGUUCCCUUAAUUUUUACUAUAGAAUCACACUUUUCCUAAUCUCUUGUUUUAAUAAUGACUUCAAAUUUAAAUGAGGACCCAUACAAUGUAUGUAUUUUUUAAUUUUAGGAAUCAUGGGGGUUUCGGGAUUUCAUAAUUGAAAUUUUGUAAUGUCCUGAAGGUUGCUUAUUUUGCUAAGAUUAUAUAUCUGAUUGCAAAUUAUGGAAUAAUAUUGCAUCAUAUUGGCAAAACUCAAUUAAUUCAGAGGGAUGGCUAAUUGAUAAUAAUCAAUAACUUAUUUCAAGUGUUUGUGCUGGUAUCCAGAUUGCAGGAGGAACUAAUAUUCUGCAAUAAGGACAGAGUAUUAAAAAACUCAUUCAAAAUGUUCCAAAACACUUUAAAAUUUAGAUAGUUCUUAAACUUUGGGUAAUGGGAAUUACAUAGAGUUAAAAUUUUUAUUUAAAAAUUGAUGAGUAAGUUUAAAUUAUCGUAAUAAAUGCUCUGUCUGUAUUAAAUAUUGAAUGUGUAUAUUCUCAAUUAGUAAAUAUCAAAAAUAUAGUCAUAAAUGCAGAUCAUUCAUCCCCUGAAAUAAAAUUAGAAAUGUAUACAGAGAAUAAUUAAUCACAAAGUACAUAUUGGGGUGUUAAAUCAUUUGAUUUAUACGUAGCUUAAUGUUCAAUUGGUUGUGAAGAUUGUAAUGGAGGAUUAGAAACUUAAUGCAGUAAUUGUUUAAAAAAAUGGGGAUUUUUAGAUGGUAUAUGUAUUCCAGGUAUAAAUAUAUAUAUAUCAAUAAGCUCCUCCAUUAGAAUAUACUAAUAUUAGAAUCUAUUAAUCUUAAGGUUUAAAAACAAAUUUUAUCAAUUAAUUUUAAUUGUACAUUUAGUAAUUAGAUCAAACUUUUACUGAAAUUGGUUAAAAAAAACUAAUUAUCGAUAAGAGGAUAACAUUUUGCUCUUUUUUAAUUUCAGUGAAAUGUUAAGAAAAAAUUAAAAUUGAAAGUUUUUUUAGAAAUUGUAAUUAAUGUGAUGAUGCUUAAAUUCCUUUUUCAAAUUAUUGUCUUAAUGAAAGUAACACUGUAAAUUUCAGUGUAAUAUUGGCAGAUACUGUUUAAUCUGAAAAAGAAUUAAUAAUUAAUAUUUCACAAACAAAAGUAGAAAUUCUAUAAGUAAUAAUAUAGAAUGAUAUUGAAACGGAAGUUCGUAUAUUGAAAAUUGAAUUAUGA